AUGCCUAAACUUCUGGAAAGCAUUGUCACUGUCAUCGAUCUUUUCUAUGAAUAUGCUGGCCAAGAUGGGGAGUGUGAAAUGUUGAAGAAGGCAGAAUUCAAGGAACUUUUGGAAAAUGAGUUUCAUCAAGUUCUGAAGAAUCCAGAUGAUCCAGAUACUGUAGACAUCAUCAUGCAAAGUCUGGAUAGAGAUCACAACAAGAAAGUGGAUUUUACUGAAUAUCUCCUAAUGAUAUUCAAGUUGGCUCAGGCUUGUAAUAAAAUUGUUGCCAAAGAUUACUGCCAAGCUUCAGGGUCAAAGCAGCAAGAUCACAGAUACCAGCACCAAGAGGAACAAAGUGAAACAGAAGAGGAAGACAAAGGGCAAGAAAGGUCUUCCACUCAUUCAAGUUGGAGUACAGGAGAGAAUAAUUCAUAUUCCAGGAAGUCCAGGCAAAGCAUUACACACAGACCUGGGUCCAGUUCCAGAAGAAGACAGCAUCAAAGAGGCUUGUCUAGUUCUGGGCAAGAACAUAGCUUUGGAGAAAGAAAUAGAGGGUCAAGUUCAAGUGACUUUGAGAAUAGUAAGAAAAACCAACAUGACUCUCAUCUACAAGAAACGUCUGGGAGUGAAGAAGCUAAUCAUACUCAGUCAAGAAAUAGUAAAAAGAGAUCAAACUCAGCAAAUUGGUCAAACAGUUGUGGAGAAGGAAGUGUGUGCCAUUCAGAGGAUGAAUCUUCCAGUUCUGAGCAACACUACUCUGACUCAAAUGGAUCUUUUGGGAAUAGACAUCAUGAUAAAUUAAGACAUUCCUCUAGUCAGGGGCAGGAAUUCAGUUCAGGAAGUUAUGGAGGAAAAGACUAUCGGUCAAAUUCAAAUGACCCCACCAGUUGUGGUCAUGGGUCUGGCUCUCAAAGGAGACAGCGCAAAUCAACUGCUGAAUCUCAGUCAGAAAAUUGUGAAGAACAAGGAUAUAGUUCUGGUUCAAGUGAUAAAUCCAGUUAUGGAAAACAUAGUUUGAGGUCAGGCCAGUCCUUCAGUCCAAGAAGACAAGGAUCCUACUCAAGUGGAGAAUCAGGACUCAGAGGACAACAAAAAUAUGGUUCAAGACAGUCUUCAAGCUCAGAAGAAUAUGGAUCUGAAUAUGAAUCAGGCAGAGGAAAAAGGCAAUUAAGCCCACAUCAGUCAUCUAACCAGAGAAAAUAUAGUGGCAGCUCUACUAAUAAGACAGGAAGUCAUGAAAGACAAAGCCAUGGGUUUAGUUCAGGAAAACUUUCUAACUAUGGUGGGCAAGAAUCUACGUCUGAAGAGUCUUCUAGCUGUGGAAAAUAUGAUUCUGGUUCCAGUCACAGAUCCAGACAAAAGCACCAAGAAUUUAACUCAGGUGGUCAUUCAAGAAGUUAUGAAAGACAAAGACAUGGGUCUGGCCCAGGUCAAUCAUCCAGCAGUAAACAUGGUUCUAGCACAAGACAAUCAUCAGGCUGUGGACAAACUGAAUCUGGAUCAGGUCAAUCUUCUAGUUUUAGUCAACGUGGCUCAAGUCAGUCAUCUAGCCACAUGGGACAUGGUUCUGGCUCAGGUCAGUCAUCUGGAUAUGGACAGCAUGCUUCUAGCAGAGGACAGUCAUCCAGAUAUGAACAAACUGGAUCUGGAUCAGGACAGUCUUCCAGCUUUGGUAAACAUGGCUCAAGUGAAUCUUCCAGCCACAGGGGACAUGGUUCUGGCUCAGGUCAGUCAUCUGGAUAUGGACAGCAUUCUUCUAGCAGAGGACAGUCAUCCAGCUGUGGACAAAGUGGGUCUGGUUCAGGUCAGUCUUCCAGCUUUAGUGAGCAUAGCUCAAGUCAGUCCUCCAGCCACACGGGACAUGGGUCUAGCUCAGGUCAAUCAUCUAGAUAUGGCCAACAUGGAUCUGGCUCAGGUCAAUCAUCUGGCUAUGGACAGCAUGGUUCUAGCAUAGGACAGUCAUCAAGCUGUGGACAAAGUGGGUCUGGUACAGGUCAAUCUUCCAGCUGUGGUGAGCAUGGCUCAGGCCAGUGCCAGUCUUCUAGCCACAGUCACCAUGGCUCUAGCAAUGGACAGUCAUCCAGCUGUGGACAAACUGGAUCUGGAUCAGGUCAGUCUUCUAGCUUUGGUAAGCAUGGCUCAAGUCAGUCUUCCAGCCACAGUAGACAGGGGUCUGGUUCAGGUCAGUCAUCUGGCUAUGGACAGCAUGGGUCUAGCAGAAGGCAGUCAUCAAGCUAUGAACAAACUGGAUCUGGAUCAGGCCAGUCUUCCAGCUUUGGUAAACAUGGCUCAAGUGAGUCUUCCAGCCACAGGGGACAUGGGUCUGGCUCAGGUCAGUCAUCAGGAUAUGGCCAACAUGGAUCUGGCUCAGGUCAAUCAUCUGGCUAUAGACAGCACGGUUCUAGCAUAGGACAGUCUUCAAGCUGUGGACAAAGUGGGUCUGGUACAGGUCAGUCUUCCAGCUGUGGUGAGCAUGGCUCAGGCCAAUCUUCUAGCCACAGUCAUUAUGGCUCUAGCAGUGGGCAGUCGUCCAACUGUGGACAAACUGGAUCUGGAUCAGGUCAGUCUUCUAGCUUUGGUAAGCGUGGCUCAAGUCAGUCAUCUGGCUAUGGACAGCAUGGGUCUAGCAGAAGGCAGUCAUCAAGCUAUGAACAAACUGGAUCUGGAUCAGGCCAGUCUUCCAGCUUCGGUAAACAUGGCUCAAGUCAGUCAUCUAGCCACAUGGGACAUGGUUCUGGCUCAGGUCAGUCAUCUGGAUAUGAACAGCAUUCUUCUAGCAGAGGACAGUCAUCCAGCUGUGGACAAAGUGGGUCUGGUUCAGGUCAGUCCUCCAGCCAGAGGGGACAUGGGUCUGGCUCAGGUCAGUCAUCUGGAUAUGGUCAACAUGGAUCUGGCUCAGGUCAAUCAUCUGGCUAUGGACAGCAUGGUUCCAGCACAGGACAGUCAUCCAGCUGUGGACAAACUGGAUCUGGAUCAGGUCAGUCUUCUAGCUUUGGUAAGCGUGGCUCAAGUCAAUCUUCCAGCCACAGUAGACAGGGGUCUGGCUCAGGUCAGUCAUCUGGCUAUGGACAGCAUGGGUCUAGCAGAAGGCAGUCGUCAAGCUAUGAACAAACUGGAUCUGGAUCAGGCCAGUCUUCCAGCUUCGGUAAACACGGCUCAAGUCAGUCAUCUAGCCACAUGGGACAUGGUUCUGGCUCAGGUCAGUCAUCUGGAUAUGGACAGCAUUCUUCUAGCAGAGGACAGUCAUCCAGCUGUGGACAAAGUGGGUCUGGUUCAGGUCAGUCUUCCAGCUUUGGUGAGCAUAGCUCAAGUCAGUCCUCCAGCCACAUGGGACAUGGGUCUAGCUCAGGUCAGUCAUCUGGAUAUGGUCAACAUGGAUCUGGCUCAGGUCAAUCAUCUGGCUAUGGACAGCAUGGUUCUAGCAUAGGACAGUCAUCAAGCUGUGGACAAAGUGGGUCUGGUACAGGUCAAUCUUCCAGCUGUGGUGAGCAUGGCUCAGGCCAUGGACCGUCAUCCAGCUGUGGACAAACUGGAUCUGGAUCAGGUCAGUCUUCUAGCUUUGGUAAGCGUGGCUCAAGUCAAUCUUCCAGCCACAGUAGACAGGGGUCUGGCUCAGGUCAGUCAUCUGGCUAUGGACAGCAUGGGUCUAGCAGAAGGCAGUCAUCAAGCUAUGAACAAACUGGAUCUGGAUCAGGCCAGUCUUCCAGCUUUGGUAAACAUGGCUCAAGUCAGUCAUCUAGCCACAUGGGACAUGGUUCUGGCUCAGGUCAGUCAUCUGGAUAUGGACAGCAUUCUUCUAGCAGAGGACAGUCAUCCAGCUGUGGACAAAGUGGGUCUGGUUCAGGUCAGUCUUCCAGCUUUGGUGAGCAUAGCUCAAGUCAGUCCUCCAGCCACACGGGACAUGGGUCUAGCUCAGGUCAGUCAUCUGGAUAUGGUCAACAUGGAUCUGGCUCAGGUCAAUCAUCUGGCUAUGGACAGCAUGCUGUGGUGAGCAUGGCUCAGGCCAGUCUUCUAGCCAUAGUCAUCGUGGCUCUAGCAGUGGACCGUCAUCCAGCUGUGGACAAACUGGAUCUGGAUCAGGUCAGUCUUCUAGCUUUGGUAAGCGUGGCUCAAGUCAGUCUUCCAGCCAUAGUAGACAGGGGUCUGGUUCAGGUCAGUCAUCUGGCUAUGGACAGCAUGGUUCUAGCAGAAGGCAGUCAUCAAGCUAUGAACAAACUGGAUCUGGAUCAGGCCAAUCUUCCAGCUUCGGUAAACACGGCUCAAGUCAGUCAUCUAGCUACAGAGGACAUGGUUCUGGCUCAGGUCAGUCAUCUGGAUAUGGCCAGCAUGAAUCUGGCUCAGGUCAGUCAUCUGGAUAUGGACAGCAUGGUUCUAGCAGAGGACAGUCAUCUAGCUAUGGACAAAGUGGUUCUGGUUCAGGUCAGACUUCCAGCUUUGGUGAGCACAGCUCAGGCCAAUCUUCUAGCCACAGGGGUCUUGGGUCUGGCUCAGGUCAAUCAUCUAGAUAUGGCCAACAUGGAUCUGUCUCAGGCCAAUCAUCUGGCUAUGGACAGCAAGGGUCCAGCACAGGACAGUCAUCAAGCUGUGGUCAAAAUGGAUCUGGCUCAGUUCAGGCUUCAGGUUUUAGGCAAUCUGGGUCUGGAUCAGGUCAGUCUUCUACUUGUGGGCAACGAGGCUCAAGUCAGUCUUUUGGAUAUGGGUCUGGUUCAGGUCAGUCUUCUUGCAACCAACAUGGGUAUGGAACAUGCCAGUCUUCUGUUCAUGGCCAACAAUGCUCUUCUUCCAGCCAAGGCAGACGUGGGUCUAGCUCAAGUCAGUGUUCAGGUUCUGGACAGUAUCAGUCUGGUUCACCAAACUUCUCCAGAUCUAGACAAUAUAGUUCUGAAUCUUGUCAGGGUUCUGGCUCUGAACAAUAUGGGUCUGGUUCAUGUUGCUCAUCUAGCUCUGAGCAAUAUGGUUCUGGAUCUGGUCAGUUUCCUGCUUCGGAUCAGUAUUGUUCUGGUUCAUGUUAUUCACCUCAAUCUGGACAGUGUUAUUCUGGAUCUGGUCAGUAUUCUAGCUGUGAAAGGUAUGGGUCUGGAUCAUAUCACUCCAAUAAUUCUGGACAAUGUGGUUCUGGAUAUGAUCAGUAUUCUGGCUAUGCACAGUAUGGUUCUGGCUCAUGUCCCUCAUCUUGUCCUGAACAAUGUGGUUAUGGAUCUGGUCAGCGUUCUCACUAUGGAACUACCAAUACAGUGUUACUUUGCAAGGAGCCAAAUAACCCAGGCUGUUGUAAUCAGAGAGGAAGAAACAAUGGUGGUGGGGGGAGUAUUGACUCCAGUUCCUACUGUUUCAACAGCAGCACUCCACUCUAUGAAUACGUCCAAGAGCAGAGGGGCUAACUUUAAGGACAAACAACAAAUAAAAAUGAAAUCAACUCAAGCAUCAAAUUAA